GGAGGGUGUCUGAUGUUGUGAGACCCGAAACACCUAAGGAUCUCAGGAAACAUCACUGAUGAUGUGUCCCAGUGCAUCCCCAGAUGUAUCUACACACCUUUAACUGGUUUGACCAGUGACUCCCAGGAAGAGACUGGGUGACAACCAAGAAAGACUGGUGACAACUGGAAAGACAGUGACAGCACGGAUAGACGGCAUCCGGGGCAGGAAGGGUUAGCACCCCGACCUGCAUCUCCUGUGAGGGAGAACCCAAACAAGCUACAGAUCAACCCACGGAGAAAUACCCCCAGGGGAGCCUGAGAGGGGGGGAGGAUGAGCACCCCAAUAGGACGGACCUAACAAUGACGACUUUGGAUAAUGGAACUUCGAUUAUGAUAAACAGAUGCAUCUGCGGCAAGAUUUGUAAGAACAAUCGAGGCUUAAAAAUCCAUCAGAGCCGGAUGAAAUGCUUGGAGCAGGAGAAUGCAGCACAACGCACAGGAUUAACGCCUGGUGAGACGCAGGAGGGGCCCGGCCCGGAGACAACCCACAGAGCCCAGAACCUCCAAGUGCGAAAUACUCCAAAUCCGAGUAGAGUAGUCCAGAACCAUCAGAUUAAGUGGCCUCAAGCGAAGCAGCAUGGGCUGUGGCAACAAUUCGAUGAGGAUACAUCUAGGAUUAUUAACUCAGCAGCAAAGGGAGAUGUAGAAGGUCGACUCAAGUACAUGACCACCAUCAUUACAAGUUUCGGUGCAGAAAGGUUUGGGGUUGAGGAACCCAAGUCCAGCAAGCCCACAUUCAGCAACAACCGCAGGGCAGACAAGAUCCGAGAACUACGGAAAGAGUUGCGCAUGCUAGCAAAGCAGUUCAAACUAGCAGCAGAGGAGGAGAAGCCACCCCUUGCAGAGCUCCGACAUACCAUCCGGAAGAAGCUCAAGUCCCUACGUAGAGCUGAAUGGCACAGGAGAAGGAGGAUGGAGAGAGCCAGGAGGCGAAGUUCCUUCCUAGCUAACCCCUUUGGAUUCACAAGGAAGUUGUUAGGACAGAAAAGGAGUGGGCGGCUUGAGUGCUCCCAAGAGGAAGUGGACAACUUCUUACACAACACUCUCAGUGACCCAGAUAGAGAGCAAGGGCUUGGACCACAGAGAGCCCUCUUGGAUGUCCCGGCCCCAAUAAUAGAGUUUAACACUUCAGAACCCACUUGGAAGGAGGUACAGGAGGUGACAAGAGCAGCCAGAUCCAGCUCUGCUCCAGGACCCAGUCGAGUACCCUACAAGGUGUACAAACGCUGCCCAAACCUCCUCAGAAAUCUCUGGAAGUUGCUGCGAGUGAUUUGGAGGAGGGGGACCAUCUCAGAUCAGUGGAGGCAGGCGGAAGGCGUCUGGAUACCCAAGGAGGAGAACUCAACUAGGCUGGAGCAGUUCCGAUCCAUCUCACUUCUCAGCGUGGAGGGAAAGAUCUUCUUCAGUGUUCUUGCCAGAAGGACAACAGACUUCCUCCUGAAGAACAAAUACAUUGACACUUCAGUACAGAAGGGUGGCAUUCCUGGAGUCCCUGGCUGCCUGGAGCACACUGGAGUGGUCACCCAGCUAAUCAGAGAGGCUCGUGAAGGGAAUGGAGACCUGUCAGUGCUUUGGCUGGACCUAGCUAAUGCAUAUGGGUCAGUCCCCCACAAGCUAGUAGAAAUCACUCUGAACCACUACCACAUACCCCAUAAGAUCAAGGACCUCAUCCUGAACUACUAUGGGAACUUCAGGCUGAGAGUGACUUCAGGUAGCACAACAUCCAACUGGCAUAGGCUAGAGAAAGGGAUUAUUACAGGCUGUACAAUCUCAGUCAUCCUGUUCGCCCUUGCCAUGAGUAUGUUGGUGAAGGCAGCUGAGACAGAGUGCAGAGGCCCCCUGUCCAAGUCUGGAGUUCGACAGCCCCCCAUCCGAGCCUUUAUGGAUGACCUGACGGUCACCACUACAUCUGUGCCUGGAUGCCGGUGGAUCCUUCAGGGCCUGGAAAAGCUCAUCAGUUGGGCAAGGAUGAGUUUUAAACCAUCAAAGUCCAGGUCCAUGGUCCUGAAGAGGGGGAAAGUGUUGGACAAGUUCCGCUUCUCUGUGAAUGGUGUGGUAAUACCAUCCAUCACUGAAAAACCAGUCACAAGCCUGGGCAAGGUUUUUAACUGUAGCCUCAGAGACACAGCAUCAGUCCAAUCCACCAUCAAGAAGCUCGAAGCCUGGUUGUCCACCGUGGACAAGUCCGGCCUUCCCGGAAAGUUCAAGGCAUGGCUAUACCAACAUGGCAUUUUGCCCCGUAUCCUCUGGCCUUUGCUGGUGUACGAGGUGACCAUGUCAACUGUGGAGACCAUGGAAAGAAAGAUCAGCUCCUAUCUCCGAAGAUGGCUGGGCCUACCACGAAGUCUUACAAGUGCAGCGCUGUAUGGAAAAAGCAACAAACUACAGCUUCCUUUCAGCAGCCUGGAGGAGGAAUUCAGAGUCUCUCGCACGAGAGAGGCACUAGUCUAUCAAGAUUCCAGUGAUACCAGAGUUGCAGCAGCAGGCAUAGUGGUAAAGACAGGCAGGAAGUUCAAGGUUCAAGAGGAGCUGGAGCUGGCAGAGUCCCGGCUAAGACACAGGGCUCUGUUGGGCACGGUGGCCAUUGGACGAACAGGACUGGGGUUUAUUCCUCAGCCACGCUGCGACCUGGCCCAGGGAAAGGACAGACGUCAUCUUGUCCUGGAGGAGGUGCGGGCAGGGGUUGAAGAUAAAAGGACCAGCAGGAUGGUGAGCAUGCAGCAGCAGGGAGCAUCGACAAGGUGGGAAGGAGCGCUGGAAAGGAAGCUGACCUGGAAUGAAAUCUGGAAGGCAGAACCACAGCGCAUCAAGUUCAUGGUCCAAGCUGUGUAUGACGUGCUACCCAGUCCAGCCAACCUGCACACCUGGGGAAAAAGUGACCUACCCACAUGUCCUCUCUGCCCAGGAAGGGGCACACUGGAACAUAUCCUUAGCAGCUGCCCAGCAGCCCUCAGUGGAGGCCGCUAUCGCUGGCGUCAUGACCAAGUAUUGAGGGUAGUGGCUGAGACUACUUCCACUGCAGUUGCCAACAACAAGCACAUCCACAGCCAGAGGUCAGUAUCCUUCGUAAAAGCUGGAGAAAAACCACGAGCACAGCAGACAUCACCAGCCAGCCUAAUUUCAUCUGCAUCAGACUGGGAAAUGAGAGUGGACUUGGGUAGGCAGCUCAAGUUCCCAGAGUAUGUGACAUCAACUUCUUUAAGACCAGACCUGGUGCUUACAUCUCUCUCAUCCAAGCAGGUACUCUUACUGGAGUUAACAGUCCCCUGGGAGGACCGCAUGGAAGAGGCUAAUGAACGCAAGCGACUCAAGUACCAAGAGCUGGUAGAGGAAUGUCAAAGGAAAGGCUGGAAAGCCCACUGUGUGCCAAUAGAGGUGGGAUGUCGAGGCUUCGCAGCCCGCUCCCUAUGCAAGACCUAUACCCUCCUUGGCGUCACAGGAGCUGCAAAAAGGAGAGCUAUCAAGUCCGCUACAGAGGCUGCAGAGAGAGCCUCAAGGUGGAUUUGGAUCAAAAGGUCCGAAACGUGGGCCAAAGCUGCUGGGACACAAGUCGGGGUCUGAUCAGCCCUGGCUGGGUCGCCUGA